AUGGAUACUUCACAACGGAUAAAGCUCUUCAUAUGGAAGUGCUUGCAGGAUGCUUUACCAACAAAAAUGAAACUAGGAGCAGCCACAGAUGAGGAAAAAAAAUGUGUCUUCUGUCAGCAUAUGGAAGAAUCUACAUAUCAUCUUUUCUUUGAAUGUGCAUAUGCCAAGCAAGUUUGGAUCUUACCACCAAUGGCUUCUCAGGGAGUAUCUCUAAACUUAACAAAUGCUAAAACUUUUUUGGAACAUUAUAAUGAAUGGAAGAUAGGAAACUUAGAUUCAAUUUUUAUGGCUUUAGCAGCAACAAAGUGCCGGUUCAUAUGGAAAGAACGAUGUUUGAGAGUGUUUGAAAACAAAACUAGAACUUCUGAGCAACUAGCAAUUGCUAUAUCAAGUUACUUUGUUUAUUGGCACCCAAACAACAGACACACUAAUCACAGAUUGCACAGCAUUAAUCAUUCCAGAAAUAUUUAUUGGCAACUACCACCUGCAAAUACUCUGAAACUGAACUGUGAUGCUUCUUGGCUAUCUGAAAUCACUAGUGCAGGUUUUGGUUUUGUCAUUCGUAAUUCAACAGAAACCUUUACAGCAGCAGAACAUGGAUGGUGCAGGACCUUCUCCGCCGAAGAGGAAAAAGCUGUAGCUCUUCCCAAGGCAACGCAAUGUCCCAGCAUACACAAUAUUCAAAACUUGAUAAUAGAAGGAGACAAUCAAGCUACAAUAUCGUAUCUGCAAGGAAAGACAAAUUCAGUGAAAUGGCAAUGCAUAGCAGUUUUAGAAGAAGUUAAAGUUGUAGCAGCUAAACUAGUUUCCUUUAAAGGCUUCCAGUAUGUAGAUAGAAGAGCUAACAAGGUGGAAGACUUGUUGGCAAAGGAAGGGAGAAGAUCAAACAAUACAUCUUUUUGGUCUGAUCAAGCUCCUAGCUUUUUAUUUCCCGCAAUAGCUUUUGACACUGUCAAAGCUUAUGAAUUAUGUAACUCUAAUGACACUACCCUUGUAUCUUGUUCUGCCAUUGUUAAUCCAACAAAUUCAGUCAUUAGAAGAGCAACUCAACAUGAGUUAGUCUCAGAAAAGUCUGAAUUAGCAGAUUAA